AUGAUGGGUGGAGCGUCUCUGUGCUCUUCAUGGACCUGCAGACCUCUGUGGCCACUUUUGAUCUUUCUGGCUGCUUCUCCUGGUUUCUCGCUCUGCUCAGAAGCUCCUGCUGCAGCUGUUGGGAAGAUGUACGCACGGGGACAUCACUGGGCAGUCGGUCAUUUGAUGGGAAAGAAGAGCAUCGAGAACCUGCAGGAGCCAAACACCAGCAGCCUCACACCCUCACAGUCAGUCUGGACCUUUGAGCUGGACCUACGUGAAGGACCUGCAGAGGUUCUACCAAAAAACAAAAAACAAAACACGCUGCAAAAGCUCCUCCACCACAGCUGGAGAGCAGGCGACAGCGCCAAACAUCUCCAAGAGAUGUCACAUCUGCUUCUUCUGGCUUUGAAACUGCAAGACAACGACUCCUCAUGA